GGCUGAGAGGGGACUCGGCGUCGUCGGCGGCAGCGGGAGGAGCGCGAGGUCGGUGGGCAAGCGGCAGUGGGGUUCACUCCGGCUCCGGGAGGCCGCGACGGAGUCCGGGGUGAGGGGCCGGGCCUGAGCAGUCGAACGGAGGUGGUCGUCAGCCUUGCCGGUGCCUCCGUUUUGUGAAGGAGAAGCAGCAGCCAGAGGGUGCGGGUUAUUAGAAAUGGCUACUCCCCAGUCAGUUUUCAUCUUUGCAAUAUGCAUUUUAAUGAUAACAGAAUUAAUUCUGGCCUCAAAAAGCUACUAUGAUAUCUUAGGUGUGCCAAAAUCGGCCUCAGAGCGCCAAAUAAAGAAAGCCUUUCACAAAUUGGCCAUGAAGUACCAUCCUGACAAAAAUAAGAGCCCUGAUGCUGAAGCAAAAUUCAGAGAGAUUGCAGAAGCAUAUGAAACACUCUCAGAUGCUAAUAGGCGAAAAGAGUAUGAUACACUUGGACACAGUGCUUUUACUAAUGGUAAAGGACAAAGAGGUAGUGGAAGUCCUUUUGAGCAAUCAUUUAACUUCAAUUUUGAUGACUUAUUUAAAGACUUUGGUUUUUUUGGUCAAAACCAAAACCCUCAGUCCAAGAAGCAUUUUGAAAAUCAUUUUCAGACACGCCAGGAUGGUUCCAGUAGACAAAGGCAUCAUUUCCAAGAGUUUUCUUUUGGAGGUGGACUGUUUGAUGACAUGUUUGAAGAUAUGGAGAAAAUGUUUUCUUUUAGUGGUUUUGACACCACCAAUCGGCACACAGUACAAACUGAAAAUAGAUUCCAUGGAUCUAGCAAGCACUGUAGGACUGUCACUCAACGAAGAGGAAAUAUGGUUACUACAUACACUGACUGUUCAGGACAGUAGUUCAUUCUUUUUCUGUUCUAAUUAAACACAAGUAGUUGACUCUUCCUCAGUAUCUUUGAUGUAAAACAAUUUUCUGUGAACUAUUUUGACAAGUGCAUGAUUUCACUUUAAACAAUUUGAUAUAGCUGUUUAAUAAACAUAAAUUGUUUUUGGUAAAUUCAGCAACAUUCAACUAGUAGACAAAAAGCUAGUUAUUAAUUUCCCUGAUUAGAAAAGGCUUUUUUUAAAAAAAAUAUAAGUCUGCCUAGUCCUUUUUCUCUACCUGCUCUUGAGCUCAUUAAUGUGGCUAGUUUUAUUACCAAGGAAAGAUUGAGUUUGCCUAAUGCAUAUUUAAAGCUUAAACUUUAAAAGUUAUUGUAGAUUCAAAUUGUGUGAACUUGAGUGAUACUUAUAGUGAAACCUUUGCUAAUUUAAAGUUGCAUGCUCUGUUGCAUUUGUGACUUGUGUUGCUAAAUGUACAUGGAACUGUAUAAUUGGUCAUUUAGCAAAGGAGAACAGUAUCUUGGUUAAUUGCCACUGAAAACUUUAGAAAGGGAUGGUUUGAUAUGUACCACAGAACUGGGGCCUUUCUACAGUAGAAUUGGGGUAAAGAAAAUGAGUGUGUUGCUCAUAGUAAUUUAGGCUGAAAAAAAGUUGAAAGCUUAUGAAAUAUUGCCAAGAGAUUGUUACAUGUUUGGUCCCUGGCUGAUGAUUUUGUAGUGUAGAAAUCAUAGCUACAUACACAUCUUUUCACAUUUCUUUCUUAGUUGUUGGCACUCUAGAUCUUAAUAUGGAUUUAUGUGUAUUUUGUGUAUGUGUGUAGUUUCUCUUCUUUGCACUUAUCUCUAGAGAUUGACUAAUACCUCAUUCUGUUUGUAAAACCAGCCAGUAAUUUCUGUGCAACUUUAUUAUGUGCAAUAUUUUUAAAUCCUAAGAAAUGUGUGCUUUUGUUUUCAGGUAGACUUAUUUCUUUAGUUCUGCACUUUUCCACAUUAUACUCCAUAUGAGUAUUAAUCCUAUGGAUACAUAUUAAAACUAGUAUAAUGUCUCAUACAACAUUGUAUGUGAGUGAAAGAAAUAUAAAUAUUUACAACCUGA